AUACAUAUAUGUACAUAUAGGAACACGGACCUCGUCUAAAGCAGCUAACGCAGUAUAAAGUCCUAAGCCGCGAUAGUAGACGUACAUAUGUAGAGAUAAUAUAAAAUAUAUGUACAUAUAUACAUUGCAUGCGAAAACUCAAUCUUCCAACGUUACAUAACCUUUAUCUGCUGGGUAACUUAAUCCUAACCCGGCCCUAUCAAGUUACACAAUUUAAACAGUAUAAACGUCAAACCAAAAAAUUAGAGGUCAAAAAAUCUACUACUUACAAUGGCAAACACUGGUUUAUUAGUUCUAACGAAUCCAUCAAAAGUGACGAAAUUAUUGCCGAUCAUCAAAAAGCACGUGUUAAAAACUUUAUAUAUACAGUACUUCCCAGAAAAGAACAUUUUUAAACCUAAUAAAUACACAGUUACAAAUUCUCCGCAACGAUUAACAAAUUAUGUUCGAACUAUUUCAAAUAUUUACAUUGAUACAUCUACAAUAUCCUUACUACUAGACAUUCGAGUUUUACUGACAAGUAUGAAAAAUUCUAAUUUAUCGAUAAUAAAUACCAAAAAACCCGUGGAGAUAGUCAUUUUUGAUCACCACUAUAGUAACAACGAAGCUAAUGCAUUCAUACAAGAUUGUCUAGCUAAUGCUUCCAUGAAUUGUAACUUUAUUAGCUGGAAUGAUGAUCAGAAAUCAGAAAACACAGAUGCAAAGACAUGCACAGAGGAAGGAAAGAUUUAUAAGAGCGUGGUACUUGGUGGCACAUUUGAUCAAAUGCAUAAUGGUCAUAAAAUACUUUUAAGCGAAGCUGUAUUGCAUUGUACAGAAAAACUUACAGUUGGGGUAACUAGUACAAAUAUAUUACAGGGGAAAUUAUUAUGGGAGUUGAUAGAACCAUGUUCAACAAGGAUCUCCAAUGUUAAAGACUUUUUAGAAGACAUAGAUUCAACCUUGAUAUACGACGUGGUUGAAAUAAACGAUAUGUAUGGCCCAACAAAGAAUGAUCCAACAUUUGAGCUAUUAGUAGUUAGCGAAGAAACAAAGCGUGGUGGAAACAAAGUAAAUGAAAUGCGUAUGCAAAAAAAUUUGUGUAAAUUAGAUAUUCAUGUUGUGGAAUUGGUGAAGGAUGAAAAUUACAGAGCACAUGAAGAAUCUAAAAUUAGUUCCACUAAUAACAGAAUACGAUUACUGGGAACGAGGCUUCGACCCCCUAAUAUAGGAGACAAACCUCUGAAACCCUAUAUUAUUGGUUUAACUGGUGGUAUAGCGAGUGGAAAGUCAUCAGUAGCUGAAAAAUUGAAAGAACUAGGAGCAGGUCUUGUAAAUUGUGACAAAAUAGCACAUGACUUAUAUUUACCUGGAAACCAAUGUUUUGAUGCUACAAUUAAAGCAUUUGGCUCUACUAUUUUGGGAUUGGAUGGAUUUAUUAAUCGAAAAAUACUUGCAAAUAUAGUAUUUAAUGAUCAAACACAGUUAGAUAAAUUGAAUAAAAUAGUUUGGCCCAUAAUUUUAGAUGAAGCAAAGAAAAAGAUAAAUGAUUUUUAUGCAAAAGGGUUUGAUAUAAUUGUCAUGGAAGCAGCAGUAUUAAUUCAAGCCAACUGGCAAAAUCAUUGUCAUGAAAUUUGGACGUGUAUUAUCCCCCAAGAGGAGGCUGUAAAACGAGUGAUGGAUAGAAAUGGAUUAACUGAAACUGAUGCAAAAUUACGUAUUCAAGUUCAACCUAGUAAUGUGGAACAAGUUAAAGAAGCUAAUGUUGUUAUAUGUAGUUUAUGGAGUCAUGAUGUGACUCGAGGUCAAGUACAAAAAGCAUGGAAUGAACUAAAGAGUUUCUUGGUAACCCAAGAAAAAAGUUAAUACAACACUAAACGUUCUGAGUAAACUCCCGAUUAGGCGUAAAUUGCAUUUAAACGCAGUUAAAAGAUAUUAUUAUCAACAUUAAUAAUAAUAGGGUAAUUAUUUAUAGUAUAUUUCUGAAUCAAAUGAAACUGAGUUUUCAUAUAAUAGGAUUAUGUAUAUUCACAGUACAAAUAUUUUCAUGAAAUUGUUUCAGCGUAAUGUAAAUUAUGCUGAGUACAUAUGUAAUUAAGCAAUGUUGCCAUAUGUAU